AUGAACUGUGAGGAGAGUCCAGCUGAAUAUUACGCUACAGAAUAUGCUUUUGAAGCCUGCCAGACGAGAGCCAAAGAUGGAGAACAUCUUCUCCGAGACACCCGACCACUGGCCAACAUGUUGCAGAUUGAAGACAACUACCAGCCAUCGCCUAAAUGCUUGAACAUUCAAAAAGAUAUCACUCCAGCUAUGAGGAGAAUUGUCUCAAGAUGGAUGCUUGAGGUAUGCGAAGAGCAGUAUAGAGAAGAAGGAGUGUUUUCACUGGCGAUGAACUACCUCGACCGAGUUCUGUCCUGCCACAGUGUUGAAAAAACGAAAUUGCAACUGCUCUCUGUCGCCUGUUUGUUCAUUGCCUCCAAAGUUAAAGAGUCAGUUCCGUUCGAAGCUUAUAAAUUAGUUGCUUACACAGAUAAUUCUAUUGAGCUCCAAGAUCUCCUGGAGUGGGAGAUGUUGGUGAUGCAGCUGUUGAAGUGGGAUACAUGUGCCAUCAUACCUCAAGAUUACCUCCAUUAUUUGACCCCUCGUCUCAAGGUCGACCCUACCCACCAUCAGCAAAUCAUUCGACAUGCUCAGACCUUUAUUUCCCUAUGCGCCACAGAAUUCAAAUUUGCUAUUCAAUCGUCCUCGCUGAUGGCAUGUGCCUGCAUAUGCACUGCCAUCUCUGGUUUAUAUUCCAAAGCCUGGUGUGAAAAUACAUUGCUCUAUGAACAACUGCACGAACUCACCUCCAUCGAUAUUGAAUGCAUAAAGACAUGCCAGGAGCAGAUUGAGCAACUGCUGACCAAUCAUCUCUGUGAGUCGACCAAGGCCAGCCCACAACAACAACAGACCUCAUCAUAUUCUGUCGGUAACACUGAUGAAAACGACGACGACGAUGAUGAGGGCAUUUCCAAUUCGUUUCAAUCAACAUCUUCAAAUCCAUCCGUCUUAUCACUUUCCACAAGUCUGAUCAUCUCACCGGACGAAAUGACAUCCUCAAAGACACCAACCGAUGUCCGAGAUGUCAGAUUGGUCCAAUGA